AUCAACCUCCGCGAAGUCAUUUGUACCUCCCGGGACGGAGACAAGUUCUGGCGGAUGCCGGAGUGCUACAUCCGGGGCAGCACCAUCAAGUACCUGCGCAUCCCGGACGAGAUCAUUGACAUGGUGAAGGAGGAGGUGGUCUCCAAGGGCCGGGGCCGCGGCGGGAUGCAGCAGCAGAAGCAGCAGAAGGGCCGCGGGCUGGGCGGCACCGGGCGCGGUGUGUUUGGGGGCCGUGGCCGAGGCGGGGUCCCCGGAAGCGGCCGAGGGCAGCAAGAGAAGAAGCCCGGAAGGCAGGCCGCCAAGCCCUGAGGGGCCCACCGUUGCCGGGGAAGGGUCCCGGGUCCGAAAGCCACCUCCUUGGCCAAGGCCGGUCCAUUUUACGCCUUGGUUCCACAAGACGGACUUUAGGUCGAGCUCUUUGGUUUCCUUUCCUUUCCCCCCGUCUCCUGAGUUUCAAGGAGUUCCAACUCGGCUUCGGCCCCACCUGACGCAACCGGUUAUCGGAUGGGAUUGUUUUGUGAGAACUGAGUGUUGCGUUGCCUUCGGGGCCAACAAUCCGGGUUCCGACCACCGACAAGCAGCAGCGUCCACUGGUGGGGAAAGGAGGCCCGUGCCGGGGAGGUUUCGGAGCCCCUGGAUAAGGAGGAUCUGGCUUCCUCGCUGGUCCCCGAAUAGGGACCCCUUUCCCCUGUCACUCUGAAAUAAAAGAGGUUGACAUCGCAA